UGUUAAAUAGAACCAAAGAAAUAUACCAUAUCAGUAGGCAUUUAAUAUUUUAAGAAUUACUAGUUUUUUCAUCUCUUUUGUAUUUUCAUUCUGUUUUUUGACUAAGAUAUAACCAAUGACAUAAUAAUUUCACUUAUAAGAACCUGCUUGUGGUGUCUGACAUGAUUCUUCUUUUAGGCUCUAUUUAUGCCUUACGAUCAUAAGAACACAACUCCAGAUGGAUUACUUUCCCAGAGGAUGAAAUUGAUGCUUGGAAAGCUGAACCAUUUACAUUUGAAUGACCGCUGUUUGGUUGGAUCUGGUGGAGGCUCUGUAGGAUAUCUAGCACAUGGGACGUCAACAGAUUACAUGUAUGAUGUUGGGCGGGUGCCUAUGGCUUUCACAUUUGAGAUCUAUGGCGACCCUGCAGCAUCAUCAAAGGACUGUUUUAAGAUGUUCAAUCCCACGAGCACAAACACUUUCAAUAGAGUUCUGAAUGAUUGGUCUGCUGUAUUCUUUACAUUGUUCAGUAUCAGUGCACACCAGAUGGAUGAGUUUCAUCCGAAUGCUUCGGCAUCAAGCAAUUUCAAGAAGUGGGUUUCCAUCGACGACUACUUGAAUGGCUAUUUGAUGGAAAGGAGAAGCAGGUAUGGGAAAAAGAUGGAAGUGCUUGAAUUGGGAAUGCAAGAAAUGAGGACAUAUUUUAGGCUGUUCUUGUUAUCAUCAGUGCUACUGCUGUUUAUGUUUUGUUCCAGGAUCUCAAAGAGCAGUAGGCAGAUUGUCUCUGCUAUCCCUUUUUGAUAGCGCCCUAUAAAAGAGUACAGUCAGUACUACUGAUCUACUACGUACAGAGAACCUUUGCGAAAAGGAAAAAGCCCGAAGAAGAACGAAUCACCCGUCAUCUUCAUUCCAAACUCAUUGGUCAUUACUUGUGAGAACUCACACAUAACAUGGUUAGUAUAAUCGAUCCAUGUUGAUAUUACAAACAUAUAUUUGAACAAUGAUAGAAUUUAGGAUUGGGGUAUGGAUAACUGGAUUGGGUAAUAAGACAUUUGGGUUGAAUCAUAUUAAAAGAUUGAAUCCAAU